AUGCACAAACGCAUACAACUUACCAUCAAGACAGCAUCAAAUAUUCCAGAAUUCUUGAAGAAGUUCCGCAUCCCACAUACAGACAUUCUGGACUGGUACACCAUUAUACCUAUGGGCACCGCAGCUGCACUACCCCAGAGACAGCAGGGAAAACCAACCCCUGACAAGAAAUGUACCACAAACAAAGAACUUUCUCAAUUGCCACAUUUGAGUGCGACACAAGAACCUGUGCCAUGA